AUGGCAAACUGCAAACGUGGCCAGCAAUUUGUGGCUCGCUGCGGCUUAGAGCCACCAUUCAGACGAAGGUGUUGGAUACUUAACUGCCGUUCUCUAACGAAUGUAUUAGAAUCCUGCAGAAGUGGUCUUUCGGCUAUGCUUUUCAAAAGGAUGCAAGGAACGCUCAAGGGCCCAGAAAAUGUCCUAUUGCGUUUUCUAGCCUCGUCGUUGUAGGUUAGAUUCGUACCUUGCCUGAUCGCAUGUACCACCGUUUUCAGGAUGUAUCUACUGACGAAUGAAGCGUUGUGGAAUGUAUGACAGGCAUAAGUAUAUGGCAUGCGGCGCCCUUCCUGGUGAGCAGUGAGUCAUGUUCAUGACGCUAAUCACAGGUGCAUCCAAAGUACGUGUCCACGUAUAGAGAGUACUGAUUGACGGCAGGCCUCGAACUUCGCGAUUUCUGUGUCCGUCGUACGGAAAGCGGGCUCUUACCCCCCAUCCUCUCUCCGCUGUUCAUGCAUAUCGUUGCGCUCCACUGGAAACUAUUCCAGAUCAAACGAUAAAUGAAACGAAUGCGAACAUGCGGGCUUGCUUAAAUCUUAUGAGUGCUUCGGGGUCUGAUUUGACCACGGUCUUCCAGGUUGCCUGCCAUAUGCGAUGGGUCAGGGGCCUUGUACUCUCGAAAUAUUUUGACACGGUGUCAACACCGGCCCGCUUGCACCUCAUUAACCGCGACGUCCUGACCUCAAGUCUGCUCUCUGACUCACUGAAGGGAGUCUUUUUGGUCAUAAGGCCUAGUUUUCAGAUCCAAGCGUUCAUCGGUGAGGACGGGGCGCGACCCAGAUACAAGAUGUGCGUGGGAGCAGACCGAACUUUCUCCGCCGCAACGAGGCCCGCCAUCGAAGGUCUUAAAUACUUGACUUCUUCGAAGGUGGAGUGGAACGACGACGAGGAGUCUCUCCAGGCUUCAUCUUUCUCUGGCGUUUCCAAGACGGGUCUUGUGUACAAUAUCUUCGUCGCGGUAUUCUGCUCAGUUGGCUCAUUCUUGUUUGGCUACGAUAGUGGUAUCAUAGCGUCUGUCAUCACAUUCGAUUACUUCAAAGCCUUCGUGAAAAACCCAGGGAACUAUGAUAGCUUAUCUGGGGCCGUAGUGUCGACCUUCACGGGAGGAUGCUUCUUCGGCGCAGCUCUUGCUGGGUGGACGAAUGAUAGGUUUGGUCGGAAACGAUCAAUCCAACUUGGUGCAUUGAUAGCUUUGUGGGGGUGCGCCAUGCAAUCUGGAGCGAACAACUUUGCAUGUAUGUUGGUGGGGCGUAUAGUUGCCGGAUUCGCGAUUGGUAUAUUAUCAAUGACGGUCCCGCUCUAUAAUACAGAAAUCGCGCCUCCCAAGAUCCGUGGCUUCGUGGUCGGUCUAGCCCAACAGAUGAUUGGUAUCGGAUUCAUUGUGGCGAAUUGGGUGGGCUAUGGCUGCCAGUUCCUAAAGAAUGACAUCCAAUGGCGAUUACCCCUGGGACUUCAGCUCAUUCCUGCCCUCCUGUUGUUUGUGGGCGCCCAAUGGAUGCCAUAUUCUCCUCGUUGGCUUCUCGAACAAGGGCGCGAUGAGGAAGCCCGUGGAGUGGUCUACAAACUCCAUAACUCGAGGACUGCGGAGGACAAAGCUGCUGCGGAACGAGAGUUCAUGGAGAUGCAGCAGAGCAUCAAGGCAGAAAUUGUCGUAAGGUCUCGACGCAUCAGCGAUCUUUGGGCAACUCCUGCUAUGGCCCGCAGGACCCUAGUUGCUGUAGGCGUGCAAGUCUUUGGCCAGUUCUCCGGAAUCAAUGUCCUUAACUAUUUCGGUCCUACAAUGUACGCGCCGCUUGGUCUCAACGCCUCUCAGUCUUUACUAGUCCAGGGCAUCUACGGAGCUGUUGGGCCUAUCACCAAUUUCUUUUUCAUCACGCUGAUUCUUGACACCGUCGGUCGCAAAAAGCCUCUUAUGUUUGGUGCCGGCAGCUUCGUUGUCACUUAUUCCAUUCUGACGGCCAUUGUCGCCUCGUUUCCACCUGAAACAUCCACCAACCAUGCUGCACAGCGAGCGGGUAUUGCUAUGAUUUUCAUGACCAGUAUAUUCUUUUCAGUCUCAUUUGGACCAGUCAGUUGGACAUUGGCGUCUGAGGUCUUCCCCACACGAACCCGCUCUAUCGGUACCAGCGUGGCUACGUGUGCCAAUUGGGCGUUCAACGUGCUAUUCUCUCAAGUCUCCAAUCUGGCCAUGAACAAUGUCGGAUGGAAGUACUAUGUGCUGUUCAUCAUUUUAAAUGCGAUUGACUUUGUUAUAAUCGCUUUAUUCUUCCCAGAGACAAAAGGCAAAUCAUUGGAAGAGAUGGCCAAGCUCUUCGGUGAUGACAUUGAUGCUCGCGAAGUACUGGGAAAGCAGCACGGGACUGAGAAGUCAGAUCUUGAAGACAAGCAUGUGGUAGAGCAUGUAGCAUAGUCGUACUUCUAAGGAACGGCUCAGGAAGGGAAAGGUUUCAGUAUCUAUUUAUUUCAAGCGAGACAUGGAUUGAUGCCACACGGCAGGAAGCAGAAAGAAAACAUUAUAACGAGGGAUGUUACACCUG